AUGGAGGCAGGCAAAGAGGCCCCCAUGAGCUCCUUUAUCAUGGACGAGGAGACGCUGAAGAGGAAGCAGAGGGAGAAGUUGAAGAAGUUGCAGGCGACAGGCGGAAACCCUCGGCCUGCCCGUUCCCUCUUCUUCCUCACGCUGAAGAACCCCUUCCGAAAGGCCUGCAUAAGCGUUGUGGAGUGGAAACCCUUUGAAAUCAUCAUCCUAUUGACCAUCUUUGCCAACUGCGUGGCACUGGCUGUUUUUAUGCCCAUGCCAGAGGAAGACACCAACAAUACCAACAGUAACCUGGAAAGCCUGGAAUAUAUUUUCUUGAUCAUUUUCACACUGGAAUGCUUCCUGAAGAUAGUGGCGUACGGAUUACUCUUCCACGCAGACGCCUACUUACGGAACUGCUGGAACAUAUUAGACUUUGUUAUUGUGACCAUGGGGCUCUUCACCAUAGUUGUGGAUUUCAUCAAUAACAUCAGUGGAGUUGAGGCUCCAGUGGAGCAGAAAGGAGGGGGCUUUGACAUGAAGGCCCUGAGAGCUUUCAGGGUCCUGCGGCCACUCAGACUCGUCUCAGGGGUCCCCAGCCUUCAGGUGGUUAUGAGCUCCAUUUUAAAGUCCAUGCUGCCCCUCUUCCAUAUCUCCCUGCUGGUGUUCUUCAUGGUCACCAUCUAUGCCAUAGCAGGCUUAGAGCUCUUCAAGUGCAAGAUGCACAAAACCUGUUACUACACUGGCACUGAUAUCAUUGCCACUGUGGAGAACGAAAAGGCGUCCCCCUGUGCCCAGGCAGGAAACGGCCGUCGCUGCACAAUGAACGGCACCGAGUGCAGGGCAGGCUGGCCUGGGCCCAACAACGGAAUCACUCACUUUGACAACCUGGGUUUCUCCAUGCUCACUGUGUACCAGUGCAUCACCACUCAGGGCUGGACAGACGUCCUCUACUGGGUGAACGAUGCUAUAGGGAUGGAGUGGCCCUGGAUGUACUUUGUGACACUCAUUUUGCUGGGCUCUUUCUUUGUGCUCAAUCUAGUCCUGGGUGUCCUGAGUGGCGAGUUCACAAAAGAACGAGAGAAGAGCUCAAGAAGCGGAGAGUUCCAGAAGCUUAGAGAACGGCAGCAGCUUGAUGAGGACCUGAAGGGCUAUAUGGAAUGGAUCACCCAAGCCGAGGUUAUGGACAAUGACCAGGAGGGUCAAGGACUUUUGCCUCUCACUGAGGGGGGCUCAGAAGAGAGCUUGUUUGAGAUUGAAGGACUCAACCAUCUGAUGUUCUAUGUACGUCGUGCUCGUCGCUGGAACCGUUUUUUCAGGAGAAAGUGUCGCACCUUCGUGAAAUCCAAGUUUUUUUACUGGCUUGUCAUCUUGCUGGUCUUCCUCAACACCCUGGCUAUUGCCACUGAGCAUCACCAGCAGUCCGAGUCCCUGACUAACCUACAAGACAACGCAAAUAAGGUGCUGUUGUCCCUGUUUGCGGUGGAGAUGUUCCUGAAGAUGUAUGCCUUGGGCCUGCCAUCUUACUUCAUGUCUUUGUUUAACCGUUUUGACUGUUUCGUUGUCUCUGUGGGCAUCCUGGAACUCAUCCUAGUGCACAUGGAUGUCAUGUCCGUCAUGGGCAUAUCUGUGUUACGUUGCAUUCGACUGCUGCGCCUUAUCAAAGUCACCAAGUACUGGACAUCACUUAGUAAUUUGGUGGCAUCCCUCCUGAAUUCAGUCCGCUCCAUUGCCUCCCUUCUCCUGCUCCUCUUCCUCUUCAUUGUCAUUUUUGCUCUCCUGGGAAUGCAAGUGUUUGGAGGAAAGUUCAACUUCCCUGACCAGAAAAUUCGGCGAAGCAACUUUGACAACUUUCCCCAGGCUCUGAUCACUGUCUUCCAGAUCCUGACUGGAGAGGACUGGAACAACGUGAUGUAUGAUGGCAUUAUGGCCCACGGUGGCCCAGCAAUACCAGGGAUUCUUGUCAGCAUUUACUUCAUCAUCCUCUUCGUUUGUGGAAACUACAUUCUUCUGAAUGUAUUCCUGGCCAUUGCUGUUGAUAAUCUAGCAGAGGCGGAGAGCCUGACCUCAGCUCAGAAAGAGAAAGCAGAGGAGAAGAAGCGGAAAAAAUUGCUAAGAGCUAACCUCCCAGAUAAGGCCGAGGAGGAGAAAGCACUGAUGGCUAAGAAACUGGCAGACCAGAGAGCCAAAACAGAGGGAAUACCUACGACAGCCAAGCUCAAGGUGGAUGAAUUUGAGUCAAAUGUGAAUGAAAUCAAGGACCCCUUUCCUCCUGCCGAUUUUCCAGGUGAUGAUGAGGAGGAGGAGCCAGAGAUUCCUCAGAGUCCAAGACCUCGACCAAUGGCAGACCUGCAGCUAAAAGAGACAGUGGUUCCAAUGCCAGAAGCCAGCUCCUUCUUCAUAUUUGGACCACAAAAUAAGUUUCGAAAGCUGUGUCAUCGCAUCAUCAAUGCCACCACAUUUACCAACAUCAUCCUCCUCUUCAUCCUGCUCAGCAGCAUCUCUCUGGCUGCUGAGGACCCUAUUGACCCUAUGUCCUUCAGAAACCAGGUUCUGGCUUAUGCGGACAUUGUGUUCACCUCAGUAUUUACAGCUGAGAUUGUGCUCAAGAUGACCACUUAUGGUGCCAUCCUACACAAGGGCUCUUUCUGUCGCAAUUCAUUUAACAUCCUGGACUUGAUAGUCGUUGGUGUCUCUCUGCUGUCGAUGGGAAUGGAGUCAAGUGCCAUCUCCGUGGUGAAGAUUCUGAGGGUGUUAAGAGUCCUGAGACCUCUGAGGGCUAUAAACAGAGCCAAAGGCCUUAAGCAUGUGGUUCAGUGCGUGUUUGUGGCCAUCAAGACUAUUGGAAAUAUAGUGUUGGUCACCAUGCUCCUUGACUUCAUGUUUGCCUGCAUAGGAGUCCAGCUGUUUAAAGGGAAAUUCUACGCUUGCACAGAUCCACUCAAGAUGACUGAAGAAGAGUGCAAGGGAACAUUUAUAAAGUACCAAGAGAAUGCUCUCCACGACAUGGUCAUCCGCAAGCGGGAGUGGAUUAACAGUGACCUAAACUUUGACAACGUCCUGAAUGGGAUGCUGGCUCUCUUCACCGUAUCAACAUUUGAGGGUUGGCCGAAGCUGCUGUACAAGGCCAUAGAUUCAAACAUGGAGGAUGUAGGGCCUGUCUACAACAAUCGAAUCGAGAUCUCAAUCUUCUUCAUUGUCUACCUCAUCCUCAUCGCCUUCUUCAUGAUGAACAUCUUUGUAGGCUUUGUCAUUGUCACCUUCCAGGAACAAGGAGAGCAGGAAUACAAGAACUGUGAGCUGGACAAGAACCAGCGUCAGUGUGUGCAGUACGCUCUCAAAGCCCGGCCUCUUCGAUGUUACAUUCCUAAGAACCCGUACCAGUACCAGGUGUGGUACAUAGUGACGUCCUGUUAUUUUGAAUAUCUUAUGUUCCUCCUCAUCAUGCUGAACACCAUGUGUCUGGGCAUGCAGCACUGUAACCAGUCUGAUCACGUGACUCACCUCUCAGAUAUGUUGAAUGUUAUCUUCACUGUACUCUUCACUGUGGAGAUGAUUCUCAAACUCAUGGCCUUCAAAGCUAAGGGCUAUUUUGGAGACCCGUGGAAUGUCUUUGACUUUGUCAUUGUUGUUGGCAGCGUUGUUGACGUCAUACUGAGUGAGAUUGAUGCUGCCUUGGCCUCACAAGGAGGACUCUACUGUCUCCAUGGAUGUGCAGAGGUGAAUCCAAUGCAAGCUAUAGCUGAGUCAGAAAAUGCUCGUGUGUCGAUCACAUUCUUCCGUCUCUUCCGAGUUAUGCGUCUUGUGAAACUUCUGAAUCGCUUUGAGGGAAUCAGAAAUCUACUGUGGACAUUUAUUAAGUCUUUCCAGGCCCUUCCCUAUGUGGCCCUACUCAUUGUGAUGCUUUUCUUCAUCUAUGCUGUCAUUGGGAUGCAGGUGUUUGGUAAAAUUGCGCUAAUAGACGGCACACAGAUAAACCGGAACAGCAAUUUCCAGACAUUUCCGCAGGCAGUCCUAGUGCUUUUCAGGUGUGCCACAGGUGAAGCCUGGCAGGAAGUCAUGCUGGGCUGUAUGUAUGGGCAACGCUGUGACCCUAAAUCAGACUACCUUCCAGGAGAGGAGUACACCUGUGGUGCCAACUUUGCCAUCCUCUACUUCAUGAGCUUCUACAUGCUCUGUGCUUUCUUGAUCAUCAAUCUAUUUGUGGCAGUAAUCAUGGACAACUUUGACUACCUAACUCGAGACUGGUCCAUACUGGGACCACACCACUUGGAUGAGUUUAAAAAAAUUUGGGCAGAAUAUGAUCCAGAAGCCACUGGGAGAAUCAAACAUCUUGACGUGGUGACACUGCUGAGGAGAAUACAACCACCUCUAGGUUUUGGAAAGUUCUGCCCACACCGUGUAGCUUGUAAGAGGCUGGUAUCCAUGAACAUGCCUCUAAACAGCGAUGGUACAGUCACCUUUAAUGCUACUUUGUUUGCCUUGGUCAGAACAGCCCUAAAGAUUAAAACUGAAGGUAACUUUGAACAAGCAAAUGAAGAGCUAAGGGCAAUUAUUAAGAAGAUCUGGAAACGAACAAGUAUGAAGCUACUGGACCAGGUCAUUCCACCCAUUGGAGAUGAUGAGGUGACUGUGGGGAAAUUCUAUGCCACCUUCUUGAUCCAAGAUCACUUCCGAAAGUUUAUGAAGCGUCAGGAGGAGUAUUACGGUUAUCGCCCCACCAAAAAGAAAAACACGACGGAGAUACAGGCUGGCCUCCGAACCAUUGAGGAGGAGGCUGCUCCAGAACUACAGAGGGCGAUCUCAGGAGACCUCAUGGCAGAAGAAGAGAUGGACCGCGCCAUGGAAGAGGCAGCCGAGGAAAACGUCUUCAGACGAGCAGGAGGUCUUUUUGGGAACCAUGUGGACCCGUUUAGUAUGGAGCAUGGGUCGCCACUGUCAAACCAAGCGACCAGCCAACGCCCUCUGCAAAUUGCAGACAGCAAGCCAGAGGAGGCUGAGGCAUCCCCUAGCUCACCCUCCUACCAGCAUUACCACACAAACACCAACAACAACAAUGUAAACAAUAACGGUAGUAAUGGUAAGUGUGAGCUCUAUUUUAAAGCACUCUUGGAGGCAGCUGGACUACAGGCCCUUGUGUCUGCAGCUGAUCUGCUUAUCCGGGAGGUCCUAAUUGCAGGAGGUUUGGAGACCUUGGCAAAUGACCCUAGCUUUGUUUCUGUGACAAAGCGGGAGAUGGCUGAAGCUCUGCACAUGGACCUGACAGACAUGGAGAAUGCAGCACAGACCAUUUUAAAAAGACGUAAAGGAUGGAGUGUUACCACCGGCCAAUCAGAGUCUAUGAUGUCAGCAACUAUGGACAGCCAUGUGUAG